AACUGAAAACAAUGAAUGAAAACCCUCGAAGACAUCAUGGAGUGCAGCACACCGGCCAGGCCGCUAUUAAUUCAGCCCCAUCCCGCCUGUGUCCCCUCCGUUCACCCCACGGCGUGCCCCUCUCUCUCUCUCUCUCUCGCUCGCUCGCUGCCUGCUACUCAUCAGCCGUGACGUCAGGCCGGCACGGGGGAACUGUCCUCGCGCGCAGGGUGCUGCUGAAACAAGAUGGCUGUGCGCGCAGGAGGAGCCGCGGAAGAGAGCUGAGGCAAUGCAGAGGAGGAUGAAGAGGGGGGCGAGGAUUUCACUCCCGUGUGUCUUGUCCUGUCAAAAGAGCAGCAGCUCUGCGGAGAAAGAGAAAAGCGGUUCCGGUAUGAAGCUAAUUGGUUUCCGUUACCAUUUACGGUGACGGUUGGGCGGUUUGAGUUUUUUUUAUUUUUUUAUUUUUUGUAACCAAGAGACGAACGGACUGACCAAACAAAUCCCGGAGCUCUCAGUAGAGGACCGCCGGGGACGCUCCCACCGCUACCAGAGAUGUCCCUGCUAUGUGUGGGAGUGAAGAAAGCCAAGCUGGAUGGACCCCAAGAGAAAUUCAACACUUAUGUGACUCUAAAGGUACAAAAUGUGAAGAGCACAACCAUUGCUGUCAGGGGCAACUUGCCCAGCUGGGAGCAAGACUUCAUGUUCGAAAUUAACCGAUUGGACCUGGGUCUGACGGUAGAAGUGUGGAACAAAGGGUUAAUCUGGGACACCAUGGUUGGCACUGUGUGGAUUCCCCUCCAUGACAUCCGACAGUCAAAUGAGGAGGGUCCGGGGGAGUGGCUCACACUGGACUCUCAGGUCAUCAUGACUGAUAAUGAGAUCUGUGGCACCAAAGAGCCCACUCUCCACCUGGUGCUGCUCGACACACGCUUUGAGCUGCCCCUCGAUAUCCCCGAGGAUGAGGCACGAUACUGGGCUAAAAAACUGGAGCAGCUCAAUGCCAUGAGGGACCAAGAUUAUUCUUACCAGGAGGAGCAGGAACGCCCUCUACGUGCACCAGGAACCCAGUGCUGUAACUGGAGUCUAUGGGGAGAACAACAAAAUGAAGACCCAGACAGUGCUGUGGACGACAGGGACAGCGACUACCGCAGUGAAACCAGUAACAGCAUCCCCCCUCCCUACUACAGCACAUCCCAGCCCAACGCUUCUGUCCACCAGUAUCCCAUCAGCCAGCAGCACCGCAACUCCAGAAGCUUGACUUACCCCCGCUCGGGCGUCAGCCAUGACCACGACUACCAACAUCAGAGGACUGUCAGUCCGUCGGGGAGCUAUGCAUCGUCUGCAGAGCUGAGUCGGUGCAGCAGUCAGCUGAGCGAGGAGGACUAUGGGGUUGAGUAUGCAGAGAGGGACCCUUACGAUGAGAACGACUCUUACCACUCCUGCCACUCCUCGGUUAGCUGCAGUAAAGGCUCUCCAGACUGGGACCCCGAUGAGACCCAGGGGGCGUACAGCGACGAGGGCGGCUACAGCAAAGACGGAGGAGAGGAAGGGGCUCUGUACGAGGAGGAGGAUGGAAGACUGUAUGAGGGAGAAGUGGAGGGCCUCUAUGAGAAUGAGGAGAUGAUAUAUGAUGAUGAGGAUUUGUACAACUUGGAAGGGACCCUCAGUGAGGACAUGGAGCCCCCGUUUACCCCCACCCCAACGUCAACAGCUCCCCCAACUCUGGAUGUACCAAGCUCCAGACCUCCUCUGGAGAAACAGCCUACUUUACACCAACAGCAGCCCCCUACUCAACCUCCCAACCAAACAUCCAACCAGUGUCAUCCACCUGGCGGGGCACCAUCAGCACAGCCCCCCUCUGGUCAACCAACAGCCCAACCACCUAAACAGCCACAAGCACAGCCAGCCCCAUCUGCCACUUCCUUCUUCUCAAUGGCCAAUCCUCUAACUGCUGCAGUCUCAGGCUUGGCCUCUACUUUCUUGUCUUCUGUUCCCACCAGUCAUCCUGCCCAGUCUCACCCUCCCGCCUCAGCCGUAGCGCAACCAAGCCAGUCUGCUGCCGCCACUGUUGUCCUUCCAUCCCACCCAGCCCCCGUGGCUAACUCAUCCUCCCAGCCCCCCUCGACUGCCAUCGGUCCUUCCUCCCAACAGACCCAAUCCUCCGGGCAGCCUCAAUCCAAUCUCGAUGGAGCGGCCACCACAAAGUCAGCUUCCCCUGAGGACCAGGCGCUACAGCUGGAGGAAGAAGAGCCUUUGUUAGAGGAGGAAAUCAUGUUGAAAAAAGAGGCCAAGACGCCACCUGCUCAGCCAGAGGAGACAUUCCCCAUGGAGGAGAAAGAGGAGGAGUUUGACGAGAGCUGUCCGCCCACACCAGAAGAGGAAGAAGAGAUGUUUCCUGAAAGUCCUCCUGUCAUAGAAGAGCCCAAAGAGCCCGUGGAUCCAGCAGUCAGAGCCAAAGAGAACUGGCUCCGGCUCUACAAUAAAGUCUUAGAACAGCUUCGGGAGGCUCGAGGAGAGACCUCCAGCUCACUAUGGUUUGGGAAAGGAGGAGUGGGAGGUGCACUCUACAGUAUUGACAGCAUGCCUGAUCUUCGCAAGAGGAAAUCCAUGCCGCCUAUACGAGAUCUGUCUCUAGUGCAGAACUCUCGUAAAGCUGGAAUCACCUCCGCCAUGGCUUCCACCACGCUCGGCAAUGAAGAGCUGAAAAGUCAUGUCUAUAAAAAGACCCUGCAGGCUCUGCUCUACCCCAUCUCCUCCACUACCCCACACAACUUUGAGGUGUGGACUGCCACCACACCCACCUACUGCUACGAAUGCGAGGGGCUGCUUUGGGGUAUCGCCCGGCAAGGCAUGCGCUGCUCUGAGUGCGGCGUCAAAUGCCAUGAUAAGUGCCAAGAUCUGCUCAAUGCCGACUGUCUGCAGAGAGCUGCAGAGAAGAGCUCCAAGCACGGGGCAGAGGACCGGACACAGAAUAUCAUCAUGGUCCUGAAGGACCGCAUGAAGAUCCGAGAGAGGAACAAACCAGAAAUCUUUGAACUAAUUCUGGAAGUGUUCGCCUUCGAUAAAACAACACACGGCACGCAGAUGAAACAAAUCAAGCAGAGUGUGCUUGAUGGGACCUCCAAAUGGUCCGCGAAGAUCAGCAUCACUGUGGCUUGUGCUCAGGGCCUGCAGGCUAAAGACAAAACCGGCUCCAGUGACCCGUAUGUAACUGUUCAAGUUGGGAAGACCAAGAAGAGAACCAAGACCAUCUAUGGAAACCUCAACCCUGUCUGGGAAGAAAACUUUUUCUUUGAAUGCCACAACUCGUCUGACCGCAUCAAAGUCCGCGUGUGGGACGAGGAUGAUGACAUCAAGUCACGCGUGAAACAGAAGUUCAAACGUGAGAGCGAUGACUUCUUGGGCCAAACCAUCAUCGAAGUCCGGACUCUGAGCGGGGAGAUGGACGUUUGGUACAACCUGGACAAGAGAACUGAUAAGUCUGCUGUGUCGGGAGCCAUCCGGAUGCACAUAAGUGUGGAGAUCAAAGGAGAGGAGACGGUGGCUCCUUACCAUGUCCAGUACACCUGUUUGCAUGAGCAUCUGUUCCAGUACACCACUGAGGAUCAGAAUGGCGGUGUCGUAAAGAUCCCGGAUGCCAAAGGGGACGAUGCCUGGAAGGUGUAUUUUGAGGAGACUGCUCAGGAGAUCGUGGAUGAGUUUGCCAUGAGAUACGGAGUAGAGUCCAUCUACCAGGCCAUGACCCACUUUGCCUGCUUGUCAUCGAAGUACAUGUGCCCAGGCGUGCCGGCUGUGAUGAGCACCCUGCUUGCCAACAUCAACGCGUACUACGCCCACACCACCCAGUCCUCCAACAAUGUUUCUGCCUCGGACAGAUUUGCUGCAUCAAACUUUGGCAAGGAGAGGUUUGUCAAACUGUUGGAUCAGCUGCACAACUCGCUGAGGAUUGACCUGUCCAUGUACCGGAAUAAUUUCCCUGCCAGCAGUCCUGAAAGACUCCAAGACCUUAAGUCUACAGUUGACCUCUUGACAAGCAUCACAUUCUUCAGGAUGAAGGUUCAAGAGCUGCAGAGCCCCCCCAGGGCGAGCCAGGUGGUGAAGGACUGUGUGAAGGCCUGUCUUAACUCCACCUACGAGUACAUUUUCAACAACUGCCACGACCUCUACAACAGGGAAUAUCAGACAGACCCUUCCAAGGCCGUCCCUUCAGACGAGCAGGGCCCCAGCACCAAGAACCUGGACUUCUGGUCCAAACUUAUCACCCUCAUCGUCUCCAUCAUAGAGGAGGACAAAAACUCCUACACUCCUUGCCUUAAUCAGUUUCCCCAGGAACUGAACGUUGGCAAGAUCAGCGCCGAAGUCAUGUGGAACAUGUUUGCACAAGAUAUGAAAUACGCCAUGGAGGAGCAUGAAAAGAACCGCCUGUGUAAAAGCGCAGAUUACAUGAAUUUACACUUCAAGGUGAAGUGGCUCUACAAUGAGUACUGCAAGGAGCUGUCCACCUUCCAGAAGCACGUACCUGAAUAUCCAGCCUGGUUUGAACCAUUUGUCGUCAUGUGGUUGGACGAGAAUGAAGAAGUGUCCAGAGAUUUUCUGCAUGGAGCCUUGGAGAGAGACAAAAAAGACGGGUUCCAGGUUACUUCAGAGCACGCGUUGUUCUCCUGCUCGGUGGUCGACGUGUUCUCUCAGCUCAAUCAGAGUUUUGAAAUCAUCCGCAAACUGGAGUGUCCCGACCCUCAGAUCGUCGGCAACUACAUGAAGAGAUUUGCCAAGACCAUUGGCAACGUCCUGCUGUCUUACGCUGACAUCAUCGACAAGGACUUUCUAAAUCAUGUCAAGAAGGAGAAAGUGCCAUGUAUCAUCAUCAAUAACAUCCAGCAGCUCAGAGUUCAGUUGGAGAAGAUGUUUGAGGCCAUGGGAGGCAAAGAUCUCAAUCUGGAGGCGAGCGACUUCCUCAAGGAGCUGCAGAACAAGCUCAACAUCGUCAUGGACGACCUCAGCCGCAUCUUUGCUGUCAGUUUCCAGCCGCAGAUCGAGGACAACGUGAGGCAAAUGGGAGACAUCCUAGCCCAGGUCAAAGGUCAAACUGUCCCGGCCAACGGCAGCGUGGUUCAGGAGGCCGACAACGUCCUGCAGCCCAUAAUGGACUUCCUGGACAGCAACCUGUCGCUGUUUGCUAAGAUCUGUGAGAAGACCGUCCUCAAGAGAGUGCUGAAGGAGCUCUGGAAACUGGUGAUGAAUACAAUGGAAAAAACUAUUGUGCUUCCGACUCUCACCGACCAGACGGGCACUCAGAUGAUCUUCAACGCUGCCAAGGAGUUGGGCCAGCUCUCCAAGCUCAAGGAGCACAUGAACCGAGAGGAGGCCAAGGCCCUCAGCCCCAAACAGUGUGCAGUCAUAGAGCUGGCGCUGGACACCAUUAAGCAAUACUUCCAUGCGGGCGGCGUGGGCCUGAAGAAGACCUUCUUGGAGAAGAGUCCGGACCUCCAGUCGCUGCGCUACGCCUUAUCUCUGUACACGCAGGCCACAGACAACCUCAUCAGGAAGUUCGUGCUCUCGCAGAGCGCUCAGGUCCACGGAGGGAAAGGGAUCAGGUGCACCGCAAAUGAAGACACACCGCCGGAGAAAGCAUCUGGAGUGGAUGCAGUCGGCGAGGUGGUCAUGGGCGUGGACAUUCUACCCCAACCCAACGGAGAGCACAAGAUCAGUGUCAAAGUGGUGGCUGCUAACGACCUGCAGUGGAAGGCUCAGGGCUUCAGGCCCUUCGUGGAGGUCUACAUCAUCGGCCCUCACCUCAGCGACAAGAAGAGGAAAUUUGCCACAAAGUCCAAGAACAACAGCUGGUCACCAAAGUUCAUUGAGAGCUUCCAGUUCUCCCUGGGCACCGAGGUCGGCCCCGAGAGCUACGAGCUGCAGGUGUGCGUGAAGGACUACUGCUUCGCCCGAGAGGACCGCACCGUGGGCGUGGCCGUGGUGCAGGUGAAGGACAUCGCCGGCAAGGGCAGCGUCACCUGCUGGAUGCCGCUGGGCCGGCGCGUCAACAUGGACGAGACGGGCCUGACGGUGCUGCGCAUCCUCUCUCAGCGCAACAACGACGACGUGGCCAAAGAGUUCGUGAAGCUCAAGUCGGACCAGCGCUCGGCGGAGGAGGGCCGCAGCUGAGGAGGACGCGCCUCUCGUAGCCACGCCCACAUAGAUACACCGCCGUGUGAAGAUGCUCCAGUGUACAUAGACCUGCAGACAUUAUGCAACAUUCACAUGACCAAUGCAGACAGGAAGGAGGAUGUUUAUGCAUAUUCACGUUUUCACUCUGAAUAUUUCAACAGCUCGACUCCAAGCUUUCAGUUUGCGGUUCUCCUCCUCACAUUAAUUAGCGAGCGCUUGUCAACCCGUCACUCCAGCUCACAUCGCACCUUUUAGACGGCGUGCGUUGAGGUGUGAUGUGACGACGACGACACCGCGAGACAGUUUGAGGACGACCACUUUGCACUUUUGCUUCUCUGUCUUCAGGAGAACUGUCCCCCUCCCCCCCCCUCCGUCUGUCUGCUUGCCUGUCCAACUGUGUAUCGUUCUUCUCGUACGUUGGUCUCUCUCUCCCCCCUCGUCGUUUGCUCUGGGUAGUCCCCCCGCCCCCUGUGAUGUGUUGCGUGGGUUGGAGAGUUCAGGCACGGAUCUGAGGUCCUGAAAAAAAGUCUGUGCACAGCCACUGCUAGUCUGUCGUCCUAACGUCCUGCAUGUUGACCCCAGGAACACUGUGAUUCACUUUGCUGUAACCAUGGCAACCGCACCCCCUCCCUACAUAAAAGUCGGGGGCCUUUCAAUAUUUUACCGCGUGUGAGCAUGGUGCAUAUAUAACCCCGGUAUAAUAGGGUUUUAUAAUUUGGUGUGUGUGUGUGUGUGUCGACAGAGACGAAGGUCGUGGUCACGAUGCGCUUCUUGCUUUUCUCGACUUGCUUCAACAUCACAACAAACGAAGCAAUACCCCCCCCCCCCCCCCCCCCGAGAGCGCACAUUAACUCCAACAAGGGCUACAGGAUUAGUGGUCUGGGAUGUUUGUUUACGCACUAAUACACACUGUCCAUGCUUCUUUUGGCAGCGUGCCCUCCUCCUCCUCCUCCUCCUGCUCCUCCUCCUCCUCCUCCUCCUCCUGCUCCUCCUUUGUGUCGUAGAGACACCGCCACACAGAAGGUUUCUCAUGAGUGACACUGGAGGAGCCCACAGGACGUGCGAUGCAGAAGUCCCUUCUGGUCGCCUGCACACUGAACAUCUCUUUAAGGCAAUAGUGGUUUGUUUUGUAUGUUCACGGAACCUUCUGGUUUUUACCAAGUACAAACCCCUGAGAACACUGUGUGUCUUUGUUAUUGUGUGUGUGUGUGCGUGUGCGUGUGUGUGGGCUGAUUGUCACACCUGGAAAAAUGGGAUUUGAGAUUGUGAGCAAUAUAUUCUAUUUACACACCGACAUGUAUGGGCUGUCGAUAUAAAUACAGGAGCACCGACUGCAAUAUCCAGACCCGAGGAAUGGGAAAGUUAUUACGAUUGUUUAUUUUAUUUUAUUCUCGUUGUAGAUUCAUUUCCACUUGACGCGUGGAAGCUUGUUCUCACAUUUUGGAUAACAAAGAGAGUGUUUUGUCCUUGAAUUCCUAUUUGCCUUUUGGACCAAAUUUGCACGAACCACAGCUUGUUUUUCUUUUCUCAAAUAAAAAAGCCAUCGGAGUCACCGCCAAG